AUGAUGCAAGGAACUAAUGGCCAAGCUGCUGCUUCUGCUUCUUCUCCUAAAGGCAACUACUCUGUCUCGUCUUCUACUAGGCCAACUAUAGCAGAAAUUUAUGGUGGUCUUACACCAAAAGUACUUUUCAAUAAAGCUACUGCGAACAACAGCACUACUACUAGUGAUCAAACUCAUCAAAGGCUUAAACAGCUGCAAGCAGAAGAAUCGCUUCGCACUGUCAUGUACUUGAGCUGCUGGGGUCCUAACACAUGA